AACCUUGUCAUUGAUUAUAUGCUAUCCCCCAUGUUUCCCCAACCCAACCCCUCUACAACGGCAAUGGAUUUUCCUGUGGAUUUCAGAUGCCCCAUUUCCAUGGAGCUCAUGCAAGACCCUGUCACCAUAUCCACCGGCGUCACCUAUGAGCGAAAGAAUAUCGAAAAAUGGCUCUUCUCUUACAACAACAAGACAUGCCCAACAACCAUGCAGCGCAUCAACGGUUUUGAUAUCAUCCCUAAUCACACCCUCAAGAGGCUCAUCCUCGCAUGGCAGAAUGAGGAAGCCGCUCGGUCAUGUGAUUCACGGCCGGUGCGGUCCCUCAAGCACGAUGAAUUGGUGUCGCUGCUUGCCACCAUGGAGUCCACUCCGUUCAAGGUUAAUUCUCUCAAGAAACUUCGAGCUAUUGUUGGAUUAGGCCAUGAGGUGAAGGAUGAUUUCAUGAGGUGCGGUGGGGUUGAAGUUCUUGUUCAAAUCAUUGCCCAAAUCCUUGUUGAGUCCUCAGAUUUUGUGGCUUUUACAGCUUGUGAGGAGGCUCUGGGGGUUCUGCACCAGUACCUCUAUUUAUCUGAAGAUGAUGAGAAAACUAUUCAGCUUUUGUCCAAGCAUGAAUCCAUCAAGUCCCUGGCCAUCAUGCUUCAGAGAGGAAGCGGUGAAGCCCGGUUUUACGCGGUCACAAUCUUCCAAAAGUUGGCACAAGCUGAUUAUAAUUGGAAGAAAUUUGUUAUACAAGAUCAGGGGUUUGAGUUCUUUAGAUCUUUGUUAGAACUGGUGUCUGACGACCAAAUCUGCACCAAGGCAAGCGCAAGCGCCUUGGAGCUUCUCAUAGAAAUUUUGGGAUCAUCCAAGAAAAGUCGGUUAAAAGCCAUUGAAGCUGGCGCAGUCUGCAUCCUCAUUGAGCUUCUCCCAGACUCCAACCGGUCCAAAUGUGAAAAAAUGCUUCUGCUUCUGAAAUUACUAUGUGAGUGUGCAGAAGGGAGACUAGCCUUGGUGGAACAUGGAUUAGGGAUAGCUGCCAUAUCCAAGAAACUACUACAUGUCUCAAGCGCCGCCACCAAGAUCACCGUGAAGAUCUUAUGGCUCAUCUGUAGUUAUCAUCCCAGCGAAAGGGUCCUGGAAGAAAUGCUGAUUUUAGGAUCAGUGAAGAAGCUUUUGGUAUUGUUGCAUAUCGGUAAUCGAUCAUCUACAAAGGAGAAGGUGGUGAAGAUCUUCAAGUUGCAUCGAAAUUCAUGGAGGCAGUACCCUUGUUUCCCUUGGGAGUUGAAGGAUUAUUCGGGAUUAACGAAUCAAUCUUGCUAAAGGAAGAUACAAGCAAUAAAAAAGAAAAAGAAAAAAAAGGUCUGGCAAACUCAUAAUGGUAGACAACAUAUUAAUUUUCCCAAGAAAUUAAAAUUUGAAUUAUUGUAGCACAUAUUAAUUUGUGUUAUCUGAUGUUUACUGCUAUCAACUUCAUUUUCUUUAGAUUA